AUCCCUAAAGUUGGAAUCAAUCUAGGGUUUUCCAGCCGAAAACCCAAACUCGUCUCUGCGUCGCCACAAAAUGGGAGGCAAGUGCCCGCACAGGAGCGUGAAGAAGAGGAGAUACUCCCACAAGACUCACCGCCGCAGCAAGUUCCUGGUCAAAGGCGACGACUUGGUUUACGAUGGUCUCAAGAAAGCCGAGGAUCAGAUGACCACGCCGGUCUUGCCUGUCGAUGAAGACCUACCUGGAAUGGGCCAAUACUACUGCCUUCACUGCGACCGGUACUUUGCGAAUGUGACUGUGAGGGAUGAGCAUUUCAAGACCAAGAGGCACAGGAAGAGGGUGAAGCAACUGCUGGAGGCACCGCAUACACAGCUCGAUGCGGAUUUAGCUGCCGGGAUGGGUAUGCCUGAUAAUGGUCCUAAGCUUAUGUCAAUCUGAGGUUUAUGUUUUUUUUUUGUGUGUCUGGAUUUAGUCGUUGUAGCUAAUUUUACAUGAUGCUGUUGUAAGAAUGAUCGUUCUGUUUAUCUAUUUAUAUAGCGAGCUUGUUUAUGA